UCAAAAUAUCCAUAUAUAAUUAAUAACCUAUAUUUAUUUUUUUUAAAUUUCAUUUAUUCUAUUUAUUUUUAUUUAUAUAUAUAUAACAUAUUGUGUAGUGUUGUAAUUUUAUAGGAUUUAUUUAUUUAAUUAUUUAAUUUAAUUAUUUAUUUAUUUAAUUUAAUUAUUUAUUUAUUCAAAUAAAAUUUUUUUUAAAGGAUGGGUAAUAAUAAUUCAUCAACAAGGAAAAGAGCAAAUUCAACAGUUGUAUCAUCAUCAGUUUAUUCACCACCAGUAAAUUUAAGUAGAACAAGAUCAAAAUCAUUAAUACAUACAAACGAUGAAAUACCACAGCAAAUGGAACAGUUAGAUUUAAACAAUAGUAAUAAUAGUGAAAAUGAAUCAACAGUAUCAUCAACUUUAACAACUACAACAAAAAACAAAAAAAAUAAAAACAAAGCCUCAUCACCAUUUAAUACAUCUUCAGCAUCAGGGUCAUCUACAUUAACACCAUCUUCAUUAUCUUCAUCCAAUAAAAAAUUAUCAUCAUCCUCCUCAGCUUCAUCUUCAGGGUCAGGUUCCUCAUCAAAUAAAAACACCAAAGCAAACAAUAGUUCAAACUUGGGUGGUAAAUCAUUUAAACUGGAUUUACCAAUUUUUAAAAUUAACGAUGACUCAUCAAAGAAUAGUAGUAAAAACAAUAGUAGAAACAACAGUAGAAAUAAUACACCAAGAAACAUAACUCCAAGAUCAAUUCACUUAGAAAAUAGUAAUAUUGAAGAUAAUAAUAUUAACAAUACCAAUGAAAUAGCCAAUCCUAUUAUCAAAAAGGAUAUUAAAGAAAUACUAUAUGACCAAAUCAUAUCAGUAUCAUCAUCAAAUAAU